AUGUCACCCCCUCCUCCACGCCCUCCUGCAGGCUUCCUGCCGGCGUUUGAGCGCAUAGGGCGGGUGUGCCACGUGUACCUCACGCCAUCUGACGUCUUCCUCCUGCACAACGUGCUCUCCGCUGAUGGCGUGCAGGCCAUCGCGCAGUUCCCCACUGUAAGGCGUGCAGGCCAUCGCGCAGUUCCCCACUGCUCCUUUCCUCCUCCUGUCGUCCAUCUGCGCCCCCUCUCUCUCUCUCUUCCUCCCCCCCUUCCCCCCGAGCUAUUCUCAGAGCACCUCAUCAGCAGUGGCUGUGUGGAUCACAUCCCCUUCUCUCUCAACCUCUCGCUGCUCGCCCUCGCCCUCCCACUUUCCUCUUUCCCUUCCUUGCAUUCCCUUUUCUCCUCCUCACACACAUUCCCUCCUCCUCCUCCUCUCCCGUCCUGUCCCAUCCAAGGCGAGCUGUUUUGGAAGCAUGCCGAGUUAUUCUCGGAGCAUCUCAUCAGCAGCGCCAGUGCCGACCGCAUCGCCUUCUCUCUCGAUCUCUCGCUGCUCGCCCGCGCCCUGCGCUCUUCCCUCGCCACCGCUGCCACGCGCCACCAGCUGAAGCUCGUCAAGAAGAGCACCAACCCCACUGCGCCCGCGCUGCCCUUCCUGUCUCUUGAAGCCAAGGGCGAGCGCUCCAGCAUCGUGCAGGACAUCCCCAUCUCGACGCCGCUGCCCCGCUCGCAGCUCAACGAGCUGCAGGCUGGCAUCGACCUCGUGCACUCGCUGCCAGAGACCCUAGUGCAGCUGCCGGACCUGCCGUCCCUGCGCCACUUAGUGGAGCGCCUGCAGAGUGUGGGGGACGUGGCUGACGUGGCAACAAUGAGGAGCGGUGCUCUAGCCAUGCGCACCCACACGCCCUCCAUCACCGUCGCUGCACAGUUCAAGAAUCUCAAAGUCUUUGGGGCUAAUUCAGUCCACACCUCGCCCUCAGUGAGUGUGAAGCACUCCCUUGCGCGGUGCCAUCUCACCCCCUGCCAUCCCGGCCACAUCCCCCUCUCCCCCAUCUCACCCCUCCCCCAUCCCCCUCACGCAUCUACCCCCGAACAGUCAGUGAGUGUGAAGCACCUCGCCCGCAGCCUGCAGUGCUACCUCACCCGCCCCGAUGCCUCCUACUGCGGGGUGGCACCCAACGAGGCGUGUCUGCUCAUGAUCUUCCCAUCUGAUACUUUGACCCGCUGUUGCAUGCUCCUGUCACCACCAUGCAAUCAGGCUGAAUGCCACCACCCUCUCACCCACCUCCCGCUCCCUCCGUGCAUGUCAGCAGGCGUGGCACCCAACGAGGCGUGUCUGCUCAUGAUCUUCCAAUACGCCGCCUCCCCAAUCAGCCUGCAGUACCGCCUGCCCCUCCUCGACCCGGGGUAG